AUGCUGAAUAACUUUCGCGUUCCUGAAUUGCAACAAUUGCUAACAUCCUUCAACAGUAGAAAAACUGGAAGAAAACCUAUGUUAAUAUCGAGAGCGCUAGAAUUACUGGAAACUUGUGAUAGCCGUAAUGUAAAAAUUAAAAUCAGAGAAAUAUAUAAUUUACGAAAUCACUAUCAUCAUCAAGCAUCUAACCACGUUGUCAUACAUAACCAUAAUCACGUUGUGCCUUCCUACUCCAAUCAAAGCAAUAAUAACAAUACUAAUUUUCAUGUUGUAAAUAAUAAUUCGAGAAAUCAAAUUGGCUGGUAUAUUGGCGAUCUCAAUAAUAGCACAAGUAAAGGCCAUCGCGAAUUCCAUUUUGCACUGAAUACGGCCAGUAAACUUGAUUUUAAAUCAUUAAAGAUCACCCCUUUUCAUGAGCCAUUGGAAUCUAUUUCUAAUACAUUCCUAUUAGAUAUUAAAUAUAAAGGACGGUAUUACGAAAAAGAAAUUACUUUUACCUUGUCAUCAUCCCAAAUUGAAAUGCUAAAUAAAACUAGACAUCACAUAAAUAAGCCUGAAAAUGAAAGCCUUCAUCAUUUAUUUCUCCGAUUGGGGACAGUCGAUUCAAAUGGCCUCUUUGCAGAUUACUAUCCCCAUGCAUUAUGUGUUAAAGCUAACGGAUCUUCUUGUCCAAUACCGAAUAUAGCCCCUUCAGCAUCUAACAAUUCCAAAUCUGGUACAGCAAAAAAAUCCAAAAAGCCGAUUGAUAUAACACAAUAUAUUAAUAUCACUCCAAAUUAUACUAACCGAGUAAAAGUUUCCUGCACUCCACUGACUGUUGAAAAAUAUUACGGUAGCAUUAUAUUGGUGCGACAAUCGACGCCAGGAUUACUUUUGCAAAAAAUUCUCGACAAAGAUGAUGCAAGUCAAGAGCAGACAAUAUCCUUAGUUAAAGAGAAAUUGAAGCAAAAUUCCGAUGUUAUUGUUACUACCAAAUUAAACAUGUCUCUUCAGUGUCCGUUAAUGAAAAAUCUAAUGACCUACCCUUGCCGAUCUUCUUCAUGCAAGCAUUUACAAUGCUUUGAUGCAAUGUCAUUUUUAAGAAUGAAUGAGAGUUAUUGUCGUAAAAUUAUUGAAUCGAUUCCCGCUAACGUACUCGAGAUAUCAUUCAAUGAGGAUGGUUCUUGGACUGCUGAAAAUGAAGACGAAAAAUCAUCGAAUGUGAUUAAGGAUACAGUUGAAAUUGCACAUGUAGUUAAAGACAAGCCCAAAGAACAUAAUAAAUCGGUUGAGGUCAUCGACCUGACCGCUGGUAGUGACAGUGAAGAUGAUAAUUAUGUUCCAUUUGAUGAUUUAUUUACUGACUUUCAAGGUGAUACACCAGAACCUAAAAGAUUGAAGUCCGAUAGUCAACCGGAAAAAAGGGAAAGGCAGGAAAUUCCAAAUCAUUCUGCUGCUAUUACAACCGUUUUCCCUGAUUAUCAUUUAUACGCUGUACCUGGUCAUAGCCAGAGAAGUAAUAAUUACUUGCCUAAUGCUAUGCCAAAUAAUUUACUUCCACAUUUACCUAUAACAUCGUCUUUGGCACCUGAAAUGAAUAAUUAUGUAUGCGGAACUUAUGAUACAGUAGAUUCUGAAUUUGCUAAUACAAUGUAUCCUGACGAACAAGAAUUUAUACGCAAUUGCCUUGGCAACCUGGCGUCAAUAAUAACACCUUCAUCUAAUCCUCCUAGUAGUAAUAGACCUUCGAAAGAUGUUUAA